CACAGACUCGACACUGACAUUUUUACAACUAACAUUUCCUACAGGGACUGUCCCCACCCCCCAGCCCCUCUGCGCUCGGCCCUAACACGGAACCGCACGGCACGGCACGGCUCUCCCAACCCAGCAGAGCCAGCUCGGGCCCUCCUCCAGGGCUGCGUGAGCCGGUGUUUGAUUGGAUUAGAAUCGGCUCGCCUUUGCCCUCUAACCUCGCUGAUGGUGGUUGGCUGCUUCCUGCUGCCUCCGCUCCCCCUGACCGACUGAGAGAGCCUGCCGAAGCCGCACGGCGAAGCGCCCUGCACGGACACAGCCGACCGGGACGAGCCGCUUCCAGCCUGAGCAGAGCCGAGCCGGAGCGCAGCCACAGUGCACACACGGGCGGUCGGGGGAGAAAAAAGAAACAAGGCAGCCAUGCGGAGGAAAUCGAGGAUAUUGUUGUGUUUUGCGGUGCUGUGGGUGCUGGGGAUAGCCUACUACUUCUACUCGGGGACAUCACUGAGUCGAAAGAAGGAUUCGGACUCCAGUGACUCGUCUAGUAGAAGCAAACUUCACAGCUCUGACGAUAAGACUCAUGGUCUGGAGACCUUGCCGCCAGGGAAAGUGCGCUGGCAGGAUUAUGACCAGGACCUAUACGUUGGUGCCACGGUGGUCCGAUCGGGUCAGGAUCCAUACGCCAGGAACAAGUUCAACCAGGUGGAGAGCGACAAACUCCGCAUGGACAGAGCAGUGCCCGAUACAAGACACGACCACUGCAGACAUAAACAAUGGAAGUCAGAACUACCAGCCUCCAGCGUGGUCAUCACCUUCCACAAUGAGGCUCGCUCUGCUCUGCUGCGGACUGUGGUCAGUGUCUUGAAGAAAAGUCCUCCUCACUUGGUCAAAGAGAUCAUUCUGGUGGACGACUACAGCGAUAAUCCGGAGGACGGGUCGUUGCUGGGGAAGAUUGAGAAAGUGCGAGUGUUGAGGAACGACCGCAGAGAAGGACUGAUGCGUUCGAGGGUUCGUGGUGCAGACGCUGCCACAGCGCCAGUGCUCACCUUCUUGGAUUCUCACUGUGAAUGUAAUGACCACUGGCUGGAGCCGCUACUGGAGAGAGUGGCUGAGGAUAAGACAAGAGUAGUUUCUCCGAUUAUUGACGUCAUCAACAUGGACAACUUCCAGUAUGUAGGAGCCUCGGCCGAUCUGAAAGGAGGUUUUGACUGGAAUUUGGUGUUUAAAUGGGACUACAUGACUCUGGAGCAGAGACGAGCCAGACAAGGCAACCCCAUCGCGCCAAUAAAGACUCCGAUGAUAGCUGGAGGUCUAUUUGUCAUGGAUAAGGAAAACUUUGAGCUGCUCGGAAAGUACGACAUGAUGAUGGAUGUGUGGGGAGGAGAAAACCUGGAGAUCUCAUUUCGUGUGUGGCAGUGCGGUGGCAGUUUGGAGAUCAUCCCCUGCAGUCGAGUCGGCCACGUCUUCAGAAAGCAACAUCCGUACACCUUCCCAGGGGGCAGCGGGACAGUGUUUGCAAGGAACACAAGGAGAGCAGCAGAGGUGUGGAUGGACCAGUAUAAAAACUUCUACUACGCUGCUGUCCCAUCAGCGAGAAACGUCCCCUACGGAAACAUCCAGAGUCGUUUGGAGAUGAAGAAGAGAUUAGGCUGUCAGCCAUUUAAAUGGUACCUGGAUAACGUCUACCCCGAACUGAGGGUCCCAGAUCACCAGGACAUAGCGUUUGGAGCCUUGCAGCAGGGAGGAAACUGUCUGGACACCCUGGGUCAUUUUGCUGACGGGGUGGUGGGCGUCUAUGAGUGCCACAACGCUGGUGGGAACCAGGUAGCGUUACAACGACGACACACACAGGAAUGGGCCCUGACCAAGGACAAAUCAGUCAAACACAUGGACUUGUGUCUCACUGUGGUGGACAGAACCGCCGGCUCCCUCAUCAAACUACAAGGCUGUCGAGAGAAUGACAGCAGACAGAAAUGGGAGCAGAUUGAGUCCAAUUCCAAGCUUCGUCACGUGGGCAGUAACCUCUGUCUGGACAGCCGCAGCGCCAGGAUGGGCGGACUCACCGUGGAGGUCUGCAGCCCCAGCCUCAACCAGCAAUGGAAGUUCACCCUCAAUUUACAAUCUUAGGGGGCGCUACAGUCCCCAGGCAGAGUUGGAUCUUGAAUAGAGACCCCAACAGACUCUGAGACACGGGUUAGAAGAUGGACUUGAAGGAGAAAGACAAACUCAAUGGAUAAAAAUGGAUUUUUGCUCCUCAGAGGUGCAGCCUGUCAUGCACCCCUCUCCCCCACCAAAAAAAAAAAAACAUGAGCCACACACCCUGGGGGGAGGGGCUUGCAGACCAUUACUGGAGUAAACGGGAAUCUGUCUGUGUUUUCAUGAUGAGGAUAAAAGCGAUGAAGAGGCUUCCCACCCAAACUACAUACCUCAGUGUUUUUUCAUUGAUGGUUCCAGAAGCAAAUGUUGAGUGAAUUCCUUUUUUUGUUUUGUUCUUUUACAUUAUUCAAUUCUGGUGAAAUAGGAAUCUUUGACAUUUUUACUUUGUAAUUGUUUUAUUUCAUUUUUAUUAAUAUUUUUUAUUCCUUGCUCUUAAUUCUUUAGGGGGGUUUACAGGAGCUUUUUUUUCUUUUGGAAGAAUGGGAUGUUGGCUGUGGUGUUGUUGCUCCUCUCCGGUGCUCUCUCGUUGGUUUUCCACACUGAACUCGAGCCUGUAGCGGCAGAUGGAGGCUUCAGGUUGUGGUUUUUUGGUGAAGGUUUGGAUGAAGGGAGGAAACGGACUCGAUUCUUUGAGCUUUUCUUCUUGUUUACUUUCAUUGGUUCACAGGAUCAACAGAGAAAAGAGAGACGAGGUGGAGAGAUUACUAUGUGUACUUUCUUGUCUCCUGUACCGUUUCCUUCCUACAGAUUCUUUCUUGAGGCGGGGGAAGCGGUUCAGGGCAGAGCUUCUGUACUUUGGACUGGGCCUGACACUGGAACAACCGUUCCUAAAACCAGGAAGUGUCUUGAAGCUCACCUUGAAGAUUUUCUGUUUAUGUUCAGGCUGUAGCACCGGCUGUUGCAGCAUCUUCACUACUACACCAGUUAUGUCUCUAUAGGAAAAACACAGAAAAUAAGUCUCCCGUCUCUUUUUGUCUACUUUAAAAACAAUGGAACCAAAUUUCAAAUGGAUAUUUUAUGUUUCAGGUGAAACAGAGGAGCGAUUAAAAUAAUUUUUCAUUAAAUACUCUCGCUGCUCUCUAACUGCUUCUUGUGGGGAAGUUCAGUUUAUACAUCUUUUUCCUGCACACAUAAUUGUCUUUGCAUGUGUCUAUAUUUCCAUUGUACGAAGGUUACUGUCUAAAAUCCAGGUCCAAACUGGAUUUAAUGUUGCAGCUUCUUCUCUAGCGCUAACAGGUGUUUGUUGCAAACGGAUAAUAGCGGCAUUUUUAAUAUCACCAUGACGAGACACCUAAUAUUUUACAAAUUCAUUCACAUGGACAGGAUUGAGGCGAGUGUUCAUCCACUUUCUACAUGACCCUGCAGGCACAGGCAUAGGAAAAUCACCAGUGUCUACGUGUGGCAAACUUCUCAGAGGACUCAUACUGUCGACCUGUAACAAGUUUUUUUUUACUUUUAUUUAUUUAAAGGAGACUUGAGGAGAUCCCUUGCUUAUUCCAGCCUGUGAACAGAGGUCAUGCUCAAACAACAGCACCUCCAAAGCCCCUGACUGAGUUCAAACUGUAUGGAGUGUGCAUGCACUCGUCUUCUUGAAAGCUCAGAAAGCUGCAUGCAUCACCAUCAAGUUCCCACAGUUGCCCUCAGUCACUAAUGAUUUGCAUCAACAUUUUUUUUCCCCUUCACUGUGGCUGUUAGAUGAGCCAUCUGUUCAGAAGUCUAAUACUGCAAUAAACAAGGUUUCACUAUGUGACGUACUCUGCUUCUGCACAAGGCGGCCAGGUUUUUCUGAUUGCACAAGCGGAACUGUCGAACUUGCGCUGACACGACAGCUUCUUAGUUUCUUGUUACCUGAUUUUGGUACAGAUUAAAUUUACAGAACGUGUAUCUGUUUGCAAGUCCAUUAUCUGAUGCCCGUUUUGCAUCUUUUGCAUAACUGCUCUCCCCUGUGCUCCAUCAUCUCUUCUGUCUCUGUCACUGAUGAGUCAUGAUGGUGGAUUUGGGGGUAAAUUGGUUUUGAUUAAGUUCAGAGUGACUCAUCACUUGGCAUCGUUAAUGCAGCUACAUACAAAAAACUCCACAAAAAUCCCUGAACAGAUGAUACUGUAUGACAGACUUCAUUCCUGGUUUACUCUAGAAAGAAGCUGCAGCAGAAUUUGUUUAUUAAUGUGAACAAAUCUGUUUCUCAUUAUUUCUCUUUCACGCACAUUCACAUCCUUUCUCCUUGGAUUUUGUUUAUUUUAUUUUUCUAAAUAGAUUUUCCAAACCUGACAAAGACAGCUGGUUGUGUUUGCUCUGUUGUCUGAUCCUUUUCUUAUUUUCUGCCAUGUUGUUUCCCUGGUUCUGAUGAUUGCCUUGUCUUAACGCCUGAGUGGCGAGGAGAAGGUCAGCUGAAAGUGCAGCUGGUUGAAAAGCCUAUCCUGUGACUUGAUAGGUCGCUUCAUGAGGACCCAGGGUAUGAGGCCAGAUUCUCACCCUGAAGCGGGGGGAGCCUAGAUGGGGGGAAAGCUUUUGUGUUGCCAUGGGGAUGAGACUCAAGGGCCCAAAUCUGGUUUAGGCUGGUUUAAUGCUUAUCAAGAGGUAGAUAUACUGUCAACUUUUAAAGUACUUUUUACAUUUUUACAUUCUGUUGGGAAAUUGUAAAAUAACAUAAAAUAAAUCAGUUGUCUUAAUUUACUACAAUAAACUAGAAAGGUUAUACAUUUUCAUAAAAUGUGCAACUACAGUCAAAUCAGAGGCUUUGCAGAACAUGACACUUUAGGCUGGUUGCAAUACAAAUGUGUAAAGAUGGAUCUCGCAUACUACAUGUUGCAGGAAAUGCAUACACUCCUUCAAAGUGGCUGGAGCUUAAUUUUAAAUUUGAAAACCACCAAAUAUUUAUUUUGUUUAUUAUAUGGUUCCAUUUUUUUUACACAUCAGCUGAUUCUGAAUUUGAGCCUGUUUUGUUGAAACUAUUAUUACUGUUUGGGGUAGAUCUGAAAUCUGGGUUGUUUUGGGAGAAAUCGGGUCCAGGUAGAAUAAUUUUAAAUAUUUUGUUUUCCUUUAAUUUUUAUUUAUAUGUGUAAGGAUCAUGUCUAUAAGUGUUACUGGGCUGGAUGUACAAAUGUCAAAGCAUUUUUAUUUGCUAUCAUUGUGACAUCCAGCUCUGGGAUUGUAAAAAACCUCCACUGCAAUUGUUUGUGAUGCUGACGUUUUACUGACCUAUAGCGCCCUCUACUGCCACCCUUCUUGUGGUUCAUGAUUCGAGAACCAGGGGCGAAGGGGUGUGGAGGUAGUUAAGUUCUGUUGUAAAAUGUACAUCCAGAGAGUUUUUUUACUUAUUCACAUUUUCUUUGUCUUUCUUUACAUUAUGAUAUAACCUGUUAAUUCAGCAGCCUUGCUAACCUGGAUUUUCAGUGGCAAUGAACCUGAUUACACAGAAUCAGAACAGGCACGAUGACCAAACUGCACACGCCCGAGUGAUCAUGGCAGUACGGUCUGCAAACAGUGUUUCACAUGUGUUGUUUAAUGCCUUUUCUUUUCAAAACAAGUCUUAUUCUUGUGAAGUUGAACAAUUUUGCUAUUUUAUUUUCAUUUUAUAUUAUUUUCUAUGUUAAUACAUACGUAGAAGAAAAUGACUGUAAAGGUCAAGCACCUCUUUUUGAUUGGAUAAUUAAAUGUUUACAUCUUUAGCACAAUGUGCCAAAGUUCCUUCCAGGAAGAAUGAAAAAAGAGGUAAAUGCCUUUGGGAAAUGCAGAAAUGGUCGUGUUGGGUGCACAUUUUCCCACAGAUUGUUGUUGUUGCGUUAGAGUUCAGAGUGCAGGAUGUGAGCUGCUGUGCUGAUCUGGUGUCAGAUUUUAUCAUGGUGCAGGGUUAUUAAUGUGGCUGCCUCCUUAUUUGAUGUCUAUAUAUCUUUUUGACAAACACCAGCUGUGUAAUGGAAAUAGACGUUAAUGUCUGUAAAACAUCUGUUGAGGAAUUACUAGUUUUUUGUGUGUGUGUGAUGGAAACAGCUAAGAGCUUCAUUCAAAGGGAAGAAGGAUAUUGUCAAUCUGGCAGUCAGACAUUUUUAUUCUCAUUAAAAGUAGAGUAGAGUGACUGAACACCAGGGAAACAAUCAACAGUUUAUUCUAUGAAAUUGAGCGAGAGAAGGUGUAAAGGUCAAGUUUUAUAUCUCAGAUUUUGUGAGAGGAGUUGUGUCAGACUGAGAGACGUCUUCCUCCUCUCAGCCCACCUCAAAAAGAAGGGAAGCCCGCUCUGAUGGGUGAAAAGCCCUGCACGGACAUCCAGCUCAGGACGGCUAAAUCUCCUCCAUCUCUGUGUCUGUAAUGGUGUGGAUGAGUCGGGCCUAAGAAAGGCUUAAUAUGCACAUACGACAACAAAGUGUAAAAUUCUCAUCGACCAGUAAUGACUUAACAAAAACACGACAUGGUAAAUAUCAGUAUAAGUAGGGAGUGAAAUGAACUGAUGGAUUAAUGUUUUUUCUAUGAGGAAUGUGGCUUCAUUCAAUGAUUGAAUGACAAUGGUGUUAAAAUAACGAGGUGGGUGAUGUGGCACGAGGGGGUUACACAUGUAAAAGUGUAUAUUUUUGUAUAUACCUACAUCCGUGUAUGUACAGUAUGUACAUAUAUACACAGUGUACUCAGCCGCGGUUCCUAGUUUUGUUGUCAGACUGUACAGCGCUUCUAACUGUUCCCUGUUUUAUAGAUACUGCAGAAAAUUCAACUUUGAAUGAGGAGAAAUGAUUAACUUAAAUAAAUGCAUUUAUAUAUAUAUAAA